AUGGCGAAAAAUUCUCAACAGUUUGGUUUCCGCGAGAUUAACCCUACCCGGAAGGUUAACGAGGUAGAGACGUCAUCCAUUGAGCAGCAGAUAUCAGAGCUAACAUCUUUUGUUCGACAAUUAGCUGUGGGGAACGUGCACCAAGCUAAAGUCUGUGGAAUCUGCACAAAUAUGGGCCACCCCACUGACUCAUGCCUUAUGUUGCAAGAGAAUGGAGCUGAACAAGUGAACAUGGCUGGAGGCGCGCCCGUGCCUCGUAGACAGUACGAUCCAUACUCCAACACAUACAAUCCGGGCUGGCGAAAACACCCCAAUUUCAGUUAUGGUAAUAAACCACAGAAUUCAUUUUUCAAUCGUCCACCAGGAUUCCAGCAACCGUGGCAACAAAAGUCUCAACCCUCGUCCUCCAACUCAGGAAGUUCUUUGGAGGAAAUUGUCAAGAGUUUGGCCACGACUACCACUCAACUCCAGCAGGAGACUAGAACCUUAGUCACGACCACUGCUCAGCUCCAGCAAGAGACUAGGUCCUUGGUCGCAAGCACUACUCAGUUCCAACAGGACACCAAAGCAGGCAUGAAAGACAUGGAGAUUCGAAUGAGUCAAAUGGCAACUGCCAUUAAUCGCCUGGAGUCCCACGUUUAUGAAAGAUUGUCAUCGCAACGUGAGACAAACCCCAGGAAUGUAAGUGCCAUGAUAUUAAGGAGUGGCAAAGAGGUGGAGGGGCCUAAAGCCACGAACCUGAAAAGUAAGAGUGAAGAUGAAAUCGAGAAGGAGAUUGAAGAAGAAGGACGCAUCCGUAGCAACCCUGAGGUAACUCUUACUCCAUCUGUACCCAUUAAAUCUAAUUUACCUCCAUUUCCAUGCAGGUUGGAGAAGACGAAGAAGGCGGAGAAGGAGAAAGAGAUCCUGGACGUAUUCAGAAAGGUGGAGAUCAACAUCCCUCUGUUGGAAUCCAUCAAGCAAGUACCGAAAUACGUGAAAUUUCUCAAGGACCGGUGCACCCAUAAGAGGAAGUUGAGAGGGGAUGAAAGAGUAGCAGUGGGGGAAAACGUAUCAGCCAUACUCCAAAGGAAGUUCCUACCCAAAUGUGGGGAUCCAGAUAUGUUCACGAUCCCUUGUAAGAUUGGAAAUACGUCGAUUAGGAAGGCCAUGUUGGAUUUAGGGGCGUCAAUCAAUGUGAUGCCAAAAAUCAUUUAUACGUCUCUAAAUCUAGGGUCACUAAAAGAAACAGCCAUCAUAAUCCAACUAGCCGAUCGCACUAAUGCAUACCCAGAAGGGUUAGUUGAGAAUGUCUUGGUUCAGGUAAAUGAAUUAGUCUUUCCUGCAGAUUUUUAUAUCCUGGAUAUGGGAGAUGAGAAAUCAUUAAACCCGUCACCUAUUUUGUUGGGUAGACCGUUUCUUAGCACUGCUAGGACUAAAAUAGAUGUGAAUGAAGGUACUUUAUCGAUGAAAUUUGAUGACGAAACUGUAAACUUUAAUAUUUUUGAGGCGAUGAAGUACCCGGAGGAGUCUAAUUGA